UUGUCAUCCUUGUAAACCACAAUGGCUUCCAAGAUCCUGCUCUCCCUCCUCGUCCUCGCCGCAGCCUCGCCCACGGUGCUGGCAGGCUUCGACGUGAUUCAGAUGCUGGUCGACAAGCCCCAGUACGCCGGGUUCUCCAAGGUCCUGGAGCAGACCAAGGUCGCGGCGGAGGCCAACCAGCUCAAGGCGGCGUCGCUGCUGGUCGUCCCCGAGAAGACGGUCAAGUCCCUGGUGUCUCUGCCCGCUGACAAGCUGCGGCAGGCGGUGGCGAACCACGUCCUCCUCAGCUACUUCGACCCGAUCAAGCUGGACGAGAUGAAGACCCGCACGGCGCUGCUCCCCACGCUCCUCUCCAACACCGACAAGGCCCUCGGCGUCCUCAACUACUCCAAGGCUGACGACGGCCAGAUGUACUUCGGCGCCCCCGGCGCGCCCUGCGUCGCCAAGCUCGUCAAGGUCGUCGCCGCGCGCCCUUACACCGUGUCCAUCAUGGAGAUCAGCGAGCCCAUCCUGCCGCCCGGGUUCGGCAAACGCGACGCAGCGCCCGGGCGCCGCGGCAAGGGUGGCAAAGGUGGCAAGGGAAAGAUCAAGCCGGCGGGCCUUGAGGAGUCCAAGGAGGUCACAGGCAAGCCCGACGAUGCCACGAGCAAGGCAGAAAGCCCCGGAUCCGCGGCGGCUGCUCCAAGCCCCGCGUCUUAGUUUUAUCGUCAUCGCGCGCGUAGCGCCCGCCGCUGGCCGGCCGGCCGGGAUGUCUGAGCAUGUUCAACGGAGCGGCAGAAUGGAAUAGCCUAUAGAAAGCACGCGCGCCAGGUAGCUCCGCGAAACAUGACAGUUCGUCGCAUUCGUUUUCUCUCUGUUUUUUUUCCCUUUCGCUCGCUUAAUUUUCAGUUUUGUGUAACAGAGAUCUUACAUUACCGUGUACUCCACGUGACAAAACCAUCUAAAUUAUCCCAAUUCAAUAGAUAAGUCACUGUCCAUUAUGCUA